ACCCGAAUGAGGAGACGGCGGCCCGGAAGCUGCUCACGGAGGAGGAGUGCCUGCUGCAAAGUGCCUGCAGCAUCGCGAGGGGCAACGCAGGGAGCCGGACGACGCCUGAAGCGGGAGUCGUCGCGCCUAAUCACAGCGCCCCGCAGGGCCUGGCGCACUACCUGGCCACUGCUGCUGUCAACGCCAAGCCUGACUUGCCAGCCAUGGAGGUGCCGUCCACAGGUGCCCGCCUGCCCGCCGUGUGGGCGGUGGACCUGCUGUUGCAGCUCUGCUUCCAACUGCCCGGGAACGACGGCUGCGCGCUGCUGCACCCGCUGUUCCGCUGGCACAGCAGCGGCCCCCCCCACUCGCGACACUUCACCUACCGCGGCUUCCUGCCCUCCAACCUGGGGCUGCCCCCCGUGGACGGCCCCACGUGCAGCAGCAAGGAGGUGGCGAAGAAGCUGGCGUGUUUGGAGGCGGUGCGGCUGCUAUGGCAGCGAGGGGACGUGGACGACCACCUGCGGCUGCGGUUCAGUCGCAAGGAAGUGACCCGGGCGG